CAACUUUUCCCCCCCCCCUAAGCCAUGUUACGACUCCGUUGAGCCUCUGUUAAUCCUCUCCAAUCACCCAGUUUUACAGAGCAGACGUACUCUAACAAUCGCGCUUUGAACAUUUCACUGCAUCUAUUAUGUCCCUAUCUGCGUAUCGACACCUCUGGCGCGCCGCGAGGAUUGCCUUCAACGGUGACGACCGAGUACUCACAGCUGCAAGGCAGCAGAUCCGUCAAGGCUUCAGGGACCAAGCUAGCCUCGCACCAACAAGCCCAGCUUACGGACAAGCAAUCCAAAAAGCCGAGGACAUCGCCAAGAUACUCAGGGAAAAUGUCGUUCAGGGUAAACAAGAUGAAUCUAGCACCUAUAAGUUGCGCAUUCACAAGGACACUGAGCGAGGCGACAACGAUUCCGUCAAGAUAGCCGGCAGGGGCAAGACAACGACCAUGGGCGGGUGCGGCUGCAGUUAAGGGACUAGAAUAGUCUUGAAACUGAAAGCUGUGUAGCUUAGCAGAAAUGCUUGUAACUUUGUACAACAACUCUUAUGAUACCCUGGCAAACAAUACCGC